GUUGCAUUUCACGCGUUUUAGUAUAGCUUCCGAUAUUCUUUCAUUUUGCCAACUCUAUUAAAUCCUCAAUAAAUUUCCUCCCUGAGGUUGUAAACAAUAAAUAAACAAGGUUAACCCGGAAUCCGCCCGCCGCAAUGGACACCUGCUUCUUUUGCGGCGCAGUGGAGCUGAGCGAUGCGGGCUCCUCCAGUUCGAGUUCCAUGCGCUACGAGAAGCUGUCGGCCAAAGUGCCAUCGUCGCAAAAAACAGUGUCUCUGGUGCUCACUCACCUGGCCAACUGCAUUCAAACGUCUCUGGACCUGAAUCCCAGUUCCAAGCUAUGUCCGAGGUGUUUCCAAGAGCUAUCGGAAUACGACACCAUUAUGGUUAACCUGAUGACCACCCAGAAGCGGCUCACUAAUCAGCUGAGGGGAGCUCUAAAGUCUGAGUUUGAGGUUCCGGAGUCUGGCGAAGAUCUACUUGUAGAGGAAGUGGAGGUUCCACAAAGUGAUGUUGACACAGAAGGCGAUGCCGAAGCAGAUGCCCUUUUCGUAGAGCUAGUCAAGGAGCAGGAUGAGUCCGACACCGAAAUAAAAAGGGAAUUCGAGGACGAGGAGGAUGACGACGACGAUGAGGAGUUCAUCUGCGAGGAGGUGGAGGUGGGCGACACCGAGGCCCAGUUUAGCAAACCCUUCGAAAGCGAGGACAAACCCAUGAAGAAACGCGUUAAGCAGGAGUGCGGCACCUGUGGAAAGGUUUACAGCUCCUGGUAUCAGCUGCAAAAGCACACAAGCGAGGAGCACUCCAAGCAGCCAAACCACAUCUGUCCCAUUUGCGGAGUAAUCCGGCGAGAUGAGGAGUACCUUGAGCUGCAUAUGAACCUCCACGAGGGCAAGACGGAGAAGCAGUGCCGCUACUGCCCCAAGAGCUUCUCGCGACCAGUGAACACUCUGCGCCAUAUGCGCAUGCACUGGGACAAAAAGAAGUACCAGUGCGAAAAGUGCGGCUUGAGGUUCUCGCAGGACAACCUGUUAUACAACCACAGACUGCGACACGAGGCCGAGGAGAAUCCCAUCAUCUGCAGCAUAUGCAAUGUAUCCUUUAAAUCGCGCAAGACAUUCAACCAUCACACGCUCAUUCACAAGGAGAACCGGCCAAGGCACUACUGCUCGGUAUGUCCCAAGUCAUUUACCGAGCGGUACACCCUUAAGAUGCACAUGAAGACGCACGAAGGCGAUGUCGUAUACGGGGUCAGGGAAGAGGCGCCCGCCGACGAGCAGCAGGUGGUGGAGGAGCUGCACGUGGACGUAGACGAAUCGGAGGCGGCCGUCACCGUCAUCAUGUCCGACAACGAUGAGAACAGCGGCUUCUGCCUCAUAUGCAAUACCAACUUUGAGAACAAAAAGGAACUGGAGCACCACUUGCAAUUUGAUCACGACGUAGUCUUGAAAUAAACUACCAUUGCCUACAAUAAGUUAUUGUAUCUCCCUAGUAUAUCUCCACUUCUUUGUACUUGAUUAUUGUAGAUGGUCGCCUACAAAAAUAUAAUUUACUUGUAUUCGAA